AAAAAAGGUGAGAAUUUUACACAAAAUGACAAGGGAGAUGUAACUCCACAAACUGCAUGUGUUGCUACGUGGCAGAUUUGAAUCCCGUGCUAAUGACAAAACAGCUUCAUUCACGCGCUAGCCACUUUGUUACAUCUGAAAAAAAAAAAAGUAGCAACACAAGAGUCUCUUACUUGGACGACAACCGCCCGGCAGUUAAUAGAAGAAGCAGAACGCACGCAACUGAAACCGAUGUGGAAAGCAGCCAACUGAAUUACAAAAGAGGAAUUCCUAUUGUUUGUAAGUCAAAGUUUCUAGGCGGUCAAUGGCCUCAAAAACACCAGUUGGGUUUAUUGGUUUGGGAAACAUGGGCAGCCCCAUGGCAAAGAACCUACUGAAAAAUGGAUACCCGAUAAUCGCUACUGAUGUCUUUCCGGAGUCCUGCAAAGAGUUGCGUGAUCUCGGAGCCCAGGUAGUGGACUCCCCAGCAGAUGUAGCUGAGAAAGCAGACCGCAUUUUCACAAUGCUUCCCUCGAGUCCAAAUGUCAUUGAAGUUUACACAGGCCCCAAUGGCAUCCUUAGGAAGGUAAAGAAGGGGACACUUUUGAUUGACUCUUCCACCAUCGAUCCUGCUGUCUCAAAAGAGAUGGCGUUGGCUGCUGAGAAAAUGGGCGCUGUGUUCAUGGAUGCACCGGUCUCAGGAGGUGUUGGUGCAGCUAGCUUGGCCAAGCUCACCUUCAUGGUGGGUGGAGCGGAGGAGGAGUACCACGCCGCACAGGAGCUUCUCACCUGCAUGGGAGCCAAUGUAGUCUACUGUGGACAAGUUGGCACAGGACAGGCGGCAAAGAUAUGCAACAACAUGCUGCUGGCCAUUGGGAUGAUUGGAACAGCAGAAACUAUGAACCUCGGUAUCAGACUGGGUUUGGACCCUAAGCUUCUCGCCAAGAUCCUCAACAUGUCCUCUGGUCGCUGCUGGUCCAGUGACACAUACAAUCCUGUCCCUGGUGUCAUGGAAGGAGUCCCCUCUGCCAACAACUACCAGGGAGGCUUUGGAACCACACUCAUGGCUAAAGAUCUCGGUUUGGCCCAAAACACAGCCACCAACACCAAGACGCCGAUCCCUCUUGGUUCGCUGGCACACCAGAUUUACAGAGUCAUGGCUUCUCGCGGUUACGCCAACAAGGACUUCUCAUCCGUCUUCCAGUUUCUGCGUGAAGAGGAAGGACAGUGAGCGGAAGAGGUGCGAGCACGCAAAAUCACACAUCACAACCUCAUACUCAUCCCAAAUUACUCAGGAGAGACUACACUCUUGCCCUUUGGCAAAUCUACAGUCCAACUAUUAUACAACAUAAAGUACAGAUGGACACUGGUCAGGUUUACAUUUUACCGCAUUUUUCCUCAGGAUGAUUAUAAGAAUUGUUGGUUUUGGGCCAGUUUUUUUUUGUACUCCAAACUCUACUACAGUAAGUCACUUCUAUAAGAAUGGACCUGAUCCUCAGUGUGAAAGAUGCUUAGAUUUAGAUGUUGAGUUUAGCACUUAGCACAAUACUCAAGGGGGUUCCAGAUUAUAGAAUUGACUUGAAUUUACCUCACUGCCACUGAAGUAUUAUCCCAUGUCAAUCACUGUUUUAGUUGUACACUGGCCACAACAAAAUAUUGUCCACGUCUGCUUGUUUCCUGUUGUCAAUUUUUCAGUGUAACAAAUAAUAAAGCAACAGUCAGUUCAUCACUGCUUUAACUCAUUGGUUGCCAAUGACAGCUAUAGACAUCCAAACCAUUUGAACUGCGAGUUCAAAAGGAUUGGAUGUCUAUCGCAGUCAAUGGUAAUGAAAGAGUUAAGCAAUUGUACAUAAUGUAUAUUUCUGUUGUAGAAUUUAGAAUUAUCAAUGGUUUGUUCAUGGGGUGUGAAACCUUAUACUUGAACGUCACAUGUUUAUUAAAAUGUUCUGUGUACUUUGUGGGGGUUUUUUCUACUUGUUAUUUGCAUGUUUAUGCUAAAGUAUAAUACAGUGAGGCGCUCAAAUUCUUCUUAAUUUGCGUCAAUCUGAAACCGCUAUCAUUGAAAUGAAGUGAGUCAGAAGUAAACUGGCUGUAGUUUGUGAGUCAUUGUGUUGCUGUACUAAAAUCCCCCUUAAAAGAACUUUUGACUUCAGCGUCAUUAACGCUUCAUAGGGCAAGUGACUAUUUUGGGUUAUUUAAAAAAGAAAAAAAAAAAUCCUUAUAAAGACCUGGGGACCAGGUUUGGCUGUUCAAUUAAUCGGUUUUGAACUGAAACUGACUUUUCUGGUUAAAACAAUUUUAAAGCGUUCCAGUCUGUACGUUCGAUUUUCAAAACCGCACCAUUUUUUUAAUUGAAGCCACUGUUUAGUUUCCUCUGCAUUACCGCUUCCUCCCACAAGAACGCACAACAACAAGAACAACAACAACCAUGGCUACCAGCAAUAACAUAUUUAUGCAAAAUGCCUCAGUCUACAUUUGAAAAUUGAUUCCAUACGCGCAUUGUUCAUUGGCCCAUUAAUGCGUUUGACCUGACGUCUUUUGUAAAGAUGAGGUGCUCAUAAAUCUAAGGGAUCAUUCUGUUUGUUACCUUCACUGGGGUGCUUAUUUGUGUUCGUUUCGACAAGGUGAUUGCCACCUUGCAUAUUGUUAUUAUUGAGUGACUGUUUUGCACUAAUCAUUAAUUUACAGUCAUGUGAAAAAGUUAGGACACCCUAUGGAAGCCUGUGUGUUUUGUAACAUAUUUGGUCAUAUGGAUAUUUAAUAUCAAUUUCAACAAACUUAAGAGAUUCAAGUAAUAGAACUUAAUGUUAAAACAAAAAAUUGUUUUUUAUAACUUUCUGUAAAAUGUAAUUUUGAAUAAAAGCAAUUUCUGUUGAGGAAUACAUAAGGACUAAAGAUGUCCCGAUCGAUCGGGGGUCCGAUCACGUCAUGGGAUCAAGUAUGGGAAUCGGCAAAAAAAUAUCGGACAUGCCUUUUUUUAAUAUAUACAUUUUUUUAUUAAAUCGUUUUCUAAUUGUAUUUAAUGUUACAGACAAAAUGUCUUACACUCAUCCAGUCUUUAGUUUUGGCUUAAAGUAGGGCUAUCAAAUUUAUCGCGUUAACCGCGGUAAUUAAUUAUUUUUUUAUUAAUCACGUUUAACGCAAUUAACGCAUGCGCUGCACGACCCACUCACGCAUUGUCGCGUUCAAUCUAUAAAGGUGCCGUUUUACCCGUAUAUAGAGCUAAAAGGCAGCGUAAAAUGAGUAGAGUGAAUUUUGGCAGUCUUUGGAGCCUUUUUUUAAUUGGCUAAAGCCUUACAAUCCCUCUCUAGACAAUUAGAAAUAUCGUGGGAAGCAAUGUGGGGAAGAAAGGUAGUAAUUGAUCUUUUUCU